CACCGACCUAUAACGAAGCUAGCUUGCAUUGCCAAAAACACCACUUCUGCUAGCUGUGCCACCCCACAAGAUAACCAUGGCGCCAAUCUACCCCAAGUUCGAUGUCACCAAGUCAGGCUAUCUCCAGGUCUCCUCGGUCCACUCCAUCUACUGGGAAGACUGCGGUGCCCCCUCGGGUGUCCCGAUCAUCUAUCUCCACGGUGGACCGGGCGGUGGCAUAGAAGACUCGGACAGGCAGUACUUCGAUCCGUCACACUACCGGAGCAUCCUCUUCGACCAGCGCGGCAGCGGCAAGAGCACCCCCCACGCGUCGCUAGAGGACAAUACCACCUGGCACCUCGUGGAGGACAUCGAGAAGCUCCGCAAGCAUCUCGGCAUCGAGAAGUGGAUCGUCUUUGGCGGGUCAUGGGGCUCUACGCUCGCGCUCGCCUACUCGGAGAAGCACCCCGAUCAAUGUCUCGGCUUGAUCAUCAGGGGCAUCUUCACGCUGAGGCGGGAGGAGCUGUUGUGGUACUACCAGCAGGGAGCAAACUUCCUGUUCCCGGAGUACUUUGAGCCCUACGAGGCCUGCAUCCCCGAGGAGGAGAGGGGCGAUAUGAUGCAGGCUUACUACAAGAGACUCACAGGAGACAAUGAGGAGGAAAAACUUAAGUGUGCCGAUAACUGGAGUCGCUGGGAGGUGUCCACAAGCAGACUGAUCAUCAACCAGGAAUAUAUUGCCAAGGCGAAUGAUCCCAAGUGGGCUCUGGCAUUCGCACGAAUUGAGUCUCAUUACUUCGUCAACGGAGGUUGGAUGAAGGACGGUCAGCUCGUUGACGACGUCCACAAGAUCAAGCACCUACCCAUUGUCAUCAUCCAGGGUCGAUACGAUGUGGUGUGCCCGGCAAAGACAAGUUGGGACCUGUACAAGGCCCUUGGAGGAAAGGAGAACAAGAAUGUAGAGUAUACGAUCGUCGGUGACGCCGGCCACAGUGCUCACGAGCCGAGUAUCGAGGAAGCUCUGGUGGACGCUCUUGAGAAGUUCAAGUCCAUCAAGGCCUGAGCGUGCUAUGGGUUCGCCACGGAACGCACCAAUGGAGAUCACGAUAAUUUCAGACAAAAAGGGGGGGCACCACUAGUGUAUGUUUAUCAUUGGCCGAUAUUAUAUAAGAUCGUAGC